AUGUGCUUCUGGAGAGGUUUCUUCAAGAUUAUCGUCGGUGAUUUCAACGCUNAAAUUGGCCCUAGCAGAAUGGCUGAAGAGCUCCUAACAGGGACUCACAUAAUGGAAUGGAAUGAACAGGGUGAAAGGCUGUCCGAGUUUAUCAUGUCGACCCACACUAUCCAUGGUAAGUCGUAUUUCCAGAAGCCCUCUCAUUCCCAAAGGACAUGGGAGUCACUUGGUGGAGAGCUCUACAUUGAAAUAGUUCACAUCAUCGUCAAUCGGAGGCUUUGCCUUACUGACGUCGUUGUUGUUCCUAAGUUCUACACGGUAUCAGACCAUCGUCUCCUCCGCGCUAGAUUCCGCCUUUCAGUGCAUUUAGAGAGAGUUGUGAAGUUCAGAAAACGAAGCUCCAAGACUGUUAUCAAUUUCUAUCAGUUCGCUUCAUUAGCGAGUUUGUGGGGAGAUUCCGUCAGCGACAACAUCGAUGAAGAAUACGACCGGCUCAUCGAACGUCUUCACGAUUGCGCCAGGAAAGCCGAGAGUCUCAUGUCAAGAAACACGUCUCUUUGA